GGGGGACUUUACGGACUUUAUCUCGGUGAUAGUUUGACCUUCCUGGGCGCUCUCUGAGGGAGAAGACCGAGGUAGCGCAGGCCACUAGGGGAAAAACGGUGGGAACCAGAUUAGCUACUGGUCGAGGGCCAAGGGACUGAAGUAAGAUUAGAGACUUGCUUGAGAGCCACAAAAAGAAAGAGGCAGGGCCAGCUUUGCAGCUAGCAUCAUGGCGUGGCCGUGCAUCACGCGGGCCUGCUGCAUUGCCCGCUUCUGGAACCAGCUGGACAAGGCGGACAUCGCUGUGCCGCUGGUUUUUACCAAGUACUCGGAGGCCACCGAGGCCCCGAGCGCCCCGCCGCAGCCGCCGCCGCCUCAGCAGCAGGCGCAGCCGGCGCACGCGCCCCCCUCGGCGCGGGCGGUCGCCAUAGAGACGCAGCCGGCCCAGGGCGAGUUGGAUGCAGUUGCCCGGGCAACGGGGCCGGCGCCGGGGCCUAGCGGCGAACGCGAAGCGGCGGCUGCCUCAGGCCGGAGCGGGCCGGGCCCCGGCCCGGGCUCUGGCUCCACCUCCAGCGCGGGCCCCGCGGACUCGGUGAUGCGUCAGGACUACCGCGCCUGGAAGGUGCAGCGGCCCGAGCCGAGCUGCCGGCCGCGCAGCGAGUACCAGCCUUCCGACGCGCCCUUCGAGCGCGAGACCCAGUACCAGAAGGACUUCCGCGCCUGGCCGCUGCCGCGCCGCGGGGACCACCCGUGGAUUCCCAAGCCCGUGCAGAUCCCCGCGUCCUCCCAGGCUGCGGUGCCAAUUCUCGGGGCGUCCAAGCGCCGGCCCCAGAGCCAGGAGCGUUGGCCCACGCAGGCCGCGGCCGAGGCCCAGGAGCAGGAGGCGACCCCUGGCGGAGCGGGUGGCCUGGCAGCCGGAAAGCCCUCCGGUGCAGAUGAGCGCGACACACGCAGGAAGCCCGGGCCCGCCUGGAUGCUGCGUCGCGCCGAGGGGCAGGGGCCGGAGCAGACGCCUCUGCCCGCAGUCCAGGCCCAGGCCCAGGUCCAGGCCGCGGUCCCCGAGGGUGGCAAGGGACGUGCAGCGGUGGACGCCCUCAACAGGCAAAUCCGCGAGGAGGUGGCGAGCGCGGUGGGCAGCUCCUACAGAAAUGAAUUCCGAGCAUGGACGGACAUCAAGCCUGUGAAACCAAUAAAAGCCAAGCCCCAGUAUAAGCCUCCAGAUGAUAAGAUGGCUCAUGAGACCAGCUAUAGCGCCCAGUUCAAAGGGGAAGCCAAUAAGCCGACGCCAGCUGACAAUAAGGUGAUUGAUCGCAGAAGAAUACGCAGCCUCUACAGUGAACCUUUCAAGGAACCUCCAAAGGUGGAAAAACCUAGCGUUCAGAGUUCCAAACCAAAAAAGACCUCAGCAAGCCAUAAGCCCCCGCGGAAGGCCAAAGACAAGCAGGUGGGGUCGGGCCGGGCUUCCAAGAAAAAGAGCACGGAGGGUGCCGGUGCCGCCCAGCCUGACGACAAGGAGCAAAGUAAAGAGAUGAACAAUAAACUGGCUGAGGCUAAAGAGAGCCAGGGUGAACUCACCAGUGACUCACGUAAGAAUCAAGGUCCUGUAGCCACAGAGCCAGACAAGGAUCAAAGUCCUAUGGACCCAGGGCCUCUGAAAGAUCAAGGUCCUGUGAUCCAAGAUCGUCCAAAAGAUCAAAGCCCUCUGGUCCCAGAGCCUCUGAAGGGUCAAGCUCCUGUGGUCUCAGGUCCUCUGAAGGAUCUAGGUCCUGUGGGCCCCGCACCAGUUAAGGAUCAAGAUCAUGUAGCCCCUGAGCCUUUAAAGAAUGGAGGGUCUAUGGUCGCAGCACCAGUAAAAGACCAAGGUUCCUUGGUCCCAGUGCCUCCGAAGAACCAAAGUCCUAUGGCUCCAGCAACAGUUAAGGAUCAAGGUUCCAUGGUACCAGAGCCUCUAAAAGCUCAAGGGCCCAUGGUCCCAGCGCCUGUCAAAGAUCAAAGCCCCAUGGUGCCUGAGCCUGUGGAUCAAGGUCCCAUGGUCUCAGCACUGAGCAAGGAUCAAGGUCCUAUGGUUCCAGAGCAUCUGAAGGAUCAACAUGCCACAGUCAUAGCACCUAUGAAGAAUGAAAGUCCUGUGCUCUCUGAGCCUGUAAAGAGUCAAGGUUUACUGGUUCUGGAGCCAGCCAGGGAUCAUGGUGGAGUGGCCCCAGAUCUUCUGAAGGAUCAAGAUUCUGUGCUUGCGGCACAUGUCAAGAAUCAAGGUCCUGUGGUCCCAGCACUAGUCAAGGAUCAAGCUCCCAUGGUCCCAGAGCCUCCAAAGAAUCAAGAUCCCAUGGUCCCUGAGCCUGUGAAGAAUCAAGUUCCUAUAAUCCCAGUGCCUCUGAAAGAUUAAGACCUGCUGGUGUCACCGCCAGCAAAGGACCAAGGUCCUAUAGUCCCUGAACCUCUGAAGACUCAAGGUCCCAGGGGCCCUCAGCUGCCCACUGUCCCACCUCCACCCCCAGUCAUGAUCCCAACUGUCCCCCAUGCGGAAUACAUUGAGAGUUCCCCUUGAUACUCGCCCCUCGACACACCAAGGAAGGAUCUGGCAGUGGAAGUGCUCCCUCCCGGGGUAGCGAAGACACAUAUUUAAUCUGCAUGAAACACGUACUGUAUAGUCUUGCUGGAAUCUAAUAAAGCUGUUCCCUCUGGCGCA